AUAAACAAUAGUUCUUAUUCUCUGUGUAUAGCUGAAGAUCAGCUUCGUGCAAAGGGUUAUGACAAAACACCAGACUUUAUCUUAGAAGUGCCAGUAGCUGUGGAAGGACACAUUAUUCACUGGAUUGAAAGCAAAGCCUCAUUCGGUGAUGAAAGUAGCCACCAAGCCUACUUGCAGGACCAGUUUUGGAGCUACUGGAACAGAUUUGGCCCUGGAUUAGUCAUCUACUGGUAUGGAUUUAUUGAAGAGCUGGACUGCCAUCGUGAACGUGGUAUCCUGCUAAAAGACUGCUUUCCUACUGACAUUGUGACUCUGCGACACAGCAUGGCUCAGCACUGAUGUUGGGAGGAAGAGGUAAAUCCGGAAGCAAUUUUACUUUCCUG